GCGAUGCGUCGCCACUCCUCCGCGCCCCUCCCACUCCCCCCCUCCUCCCCGCCGAGCCAACGGCGUCGGCGGCGAUGCCGUCCCCCACGUGCUACCUCCUGCUGCACCCUUCCAGGGCCUGCCACCGCCUCCUCCCGCCGUCUCCGCGCCUCCCCGCCCGCUACGCCCGCCUCCGUGUCUCCUGCGACGUGCCGCGGCAAGGGGGUGACGGCGGCGGCGCGCCCAAGCGCGGGGUCAUCCCCGCCGGAUCCGGCAAGGGCAAGAAGCAGGUCGUCUUCUUCGACGCCGCGCCGCCGGUGGCCCAGCAGGGAGACGGCGAGGAUGGGAAGGGGGAGGCGCCGGAGGUGAAGAAGGACGGCGCGGCGCUGCGGGCGCUGAGGCGUGCCACCAAGCGGACGCUCUCGGUCCUGUCCAACCUCCCGCUCGCCAUCACCGAGAUGUUCGCCAUUGCCGGCCUCAUGGCCCUGGGCACGGUGAUUGACCAGGGAGAGGCGCCGAGCCACUACUUCGAGCAGUUCCCCGAGGACAACCCGGUGUUCGGCUUCAUCACCUGGAGGUGGAUCCUCACCCCCGGCUUCGACCACAUGUUCUCCUCGCCGGUCUUCCUCGGCUUACUUGCCCUCCUCGCUGCCUCGCUAAUGGCCUGCACCUUCACCACCCAAUUGCCCAUGGUGAAGGUGGCCAAAAGAUGGUCGUUUAUGAGUUCAGGGGGAAGCAUUAGGAAGCAAGACUUUGCGGAAUCUCUUCCCCGGGCAUCUAUUCAGGAUUUGGGGGUCAUCUUGAUGGGUGCAGGAUAUGAGGUCUUCACAAAGGGCCCGUCCUUGUAUGCCUUCAAGGGCCUGGCUGGUCGGUACGCGCCCAUCGGCGUGCACGUGGCGAUGAUUUUUGUCAUGGCAGGUGCCACACUUUCUGCGACCGGAAGCUUUAAGGGCUCAGUGGAUGUUCCUCAAGGACUGAAUUUCGUCAUUGGAGAUAUCAUGAAACCCAAAGGCAUUUUCUCGGUCGCGCCGGAUGUUUUCAAUACGGAAGUCCAUGUCAACCGGUUCUACAUGGAGUACUAUGACAGUGGAGAGGUUUCGCAAUUUUAUAGCGACCUUUCACUUUUCGACCUUGAUGGCAAAGAAGUUAUGAGACGGACGAUCAAAGUGAAUGAUCCCUUGAGGUAUGGUGGGAUCACGAUAUACCAAACGGACUGGGGGUUUUCAGCAUUACAGGUGAAGAAAAAUGGUGAAGGACCUUUCAACUUGGCCAUGGCACCCUUGCAACUGAAUGGCAAUAAAAAGCUAUACGGAACAUUCUUGCCACUUGAAGACUCUGAUUCUUCAGGUGUCAAGGGAAUAUCAAUGCUUGCUCGAGAUCUUCAGUCUAUUGUGUUGUAUGACCAAGAUGGUAAGUUUGUAGGAGUUCGUCGACCGAGCUCUAAACUCCCCAUUGAAAUCAAUGGUAAUGAAAUACUAAUUGAAGACGCUAUUGGCAGUACCGGUCUGGAUCUCAAGACUGAUCCAGGAAUUCCUAUCGUGUAUGCUGGAUUUGGCGCACUCAUGCUGACGACCUGCAUUAGCUAUCUUUCGCAUGCUCAGUUAUGGGCGCUGCAAGAUGGAACUACAGUAGUUGUCGGGGGGAAGUCCAAUCGAGCCAAAAUUGAAUUUUCUGAUGAGAUGAAUCGGUUACUUAAUAAAGUACCGGAGUUGGUCAGUGUUGGUGAGCAAACAGUAGAUAAUAAAUCAAGUACUGCGUGAGGGAUUCAUUUUGUGGGAUUGAGAUUGCUGAAGAUGCAGCUGUUGGAUUGAGAUUGGUUCAUAGACAAGUGCCUUUGGAGAACAGGAAAUCUUGCAUUCUAUUUGGUGAAGACAAUUCCUGUGCCCAUUGGGCCGUGUAUUCACCAUUGAGGCCAAAUUUAUUUGAAAGGAAAAUAUUGUACAUUCCCAUGGAUCUAUGGUGUUAUUGUGUCGAAAGGAAACUGAUGGUGUCACUGUAUUAGUACAGAAAAAGUGAUACAUAUAAAUUAUACCCUGAAGUUGGACCAUCGGUUCAACUACUGAACUUCCAAAA